CAUGAACAAAAAAAUGUCAGCUUAAAUCGGGAGCUCUCGCUUCAGCUAGGGUUUAACGGGCUGUGGACGGCUAAUCUGUUCUCCAAAGAAAGCCUUCAUCUAUCUCUCCUGAAUUUCAUCGUGUCACCGGAGUUCCUAGCUACUCCGUCUACUGUGUUUUUCCAAGUGCUUCAGAAGUCCCAUCCAACAUGGGGAGGAAGAAGAAAUUCAUCGACAAGAAGAAAUCGGCGACGUUCCAGCUAAUGGCGCGGGACUCCUCCGACCCCUUCUUCGAUGGUACGCCAGGGAGCGAGCAAGUCUUCGUCCGAGUCGACGAGAAUCAAUACUCAGUUGACGACGAAGGCGGCGAGCAGCGCGAUGACGUGGAAUCGGAUUCUAUCUUCGCCGACGCACCAGAGGAUGUAGACGACUUCGUGGAGGGCACUGGCGAUGGGGUUCUGGGGAUCCCCACGAGAUCGGUCGGUGAAUUUCACAGUGGAUCGUCUUCGUUGCCGGACCAAGUGAGGAGGGAGAUUAUCGAGCUCGGCUUCCCUGAUGACGGCUACAAUUACCUGCUUCACAUGCGCGAGAUUAAAAACACCGGCGGCGGCUCCAGGUAUUACGAGAACCCGAAGGCGCUCGACCAGAUUCCUGGCGAUGUCAAGGCGUAUGAUGCUUCCAGAGUUCCGGUGUCUGAAGUGAGAGAUGAUAUUAAUAAGGAAGAUAUGUCUAUCUACAGUAUAGCAGCAAAGACUGUUGGUGUUAGGAUUCAGAAAGUUGUUGAUCCUGAAGUGACUGCAUUGCUUGAUGACAGUGAUCUGUCUCGAUUCGGGUCUGAUGUGGAGGAUUUGGAGGAGGAUUUCGUCAUUCGUGCUAAUCUUGCCGAGGAAGGGGACGACAAUGAUCAUUUGGAUGAUAUUAUUGGUGGAGCAGUGACCCUGAGUCAUAAGUCAGAGGAGGUAAUUGAUGAGCUGAGGGAUGCGUGUUUUCCUUCUAUUCAUCAGGAUGAGAAUGUGGAACAAAGGGGUGGCGGUGAUUUGAUUGUUGAAGCAAGGCCCAGGCGCCUUCUUGAUGAGCAAUUUGACCAGCUUGAAAUGGAAGAGUAUGCCACAGAUGAGGAUGAAGAGGAGGAUGGUUUCUGUGGUUAUGGAGAAAAUGAAGAUGAGUGCAUAGCAGAGAAGUUGAAAGCAGUUCUUAAUACCUCAACAAUGGAUGCAAUGGAACUUGAGGGGAAAUACAGAGCACCUGCAGAUAUAAUACAUAGUAACGAGGGUCCCGAAAGUGAAGAGUUGUUGAAUACUGCAACUGCUGUCCUUCGCCGUACUGUAGAGUACGCCGAGAAGUAUGCAAACGAGGAUGACGGUGGAGAAGUUGUUCUAGUAGACGAAAGUAGUGAUGAGUCGGAGGUCUGGGACUGUGAGACUAUUGUCACUACAUACUCAAACCUUGAUAACCACCCUUCUAAAAUUCAAGCUCCAGGAGCUUCGCAGAAGAAGAAGAUAGCUGAAACUUUUUCCAAGGCUUUGAACACUCCUGGUCCUGUGAUAUCUCUUCAUGGGAAAGAGAAGAUUCCUGUAGGUGUUUUGGCUGGCAGUAGAAAGGCUUCGGCAGCAGAAACAUCAAAGGAUGAACCUAGCUUGAGAACUGAAGCUCUGAAAAGGAAGCAACACGGGCAAGAGUCUAAAGAGGAGAAAAAAGAGAGAAAGGCUGCUGUGAAGGAGGAAAGGAGAGAAGCUAGGCGUCUGAAAAAGGAAACAAAGGAUGUCUAUAGAGGUGAAGCUCAGCGUGCACAGAGAGUUGCUGCUGUAGCUGGUCCUUCUGCCAUCAGUCUUAGGUAAGGUAAAGUUGAAGCAAGAUCAGCGCUCAGCAAACAUACAUUACAUUGCAAAAAGACCGUCAAAGUGGAGCUAUCUGCACUUAAAAGUGUUGAUGGGAACUGUUUGCUUGGUUCUUCAUGAUGCCUACGCUGAGUGCCUGGAUAUUUUGUUGUUGUACAUCACCAUUUUCCCGUAGGUAUUUCGUGCAACUAUGAUUUAGUUGUUUGCAUGUUGGCAUAUAAGCUUGAACACAAUAUGUAAGCUUUCUGAGAAUUCUCUUCUGCUGAAGGCGUGAACAAGUUAAUCUUAUGUUUAUGCAUGUUUAAGAGAGGCAUUAAACCUUCUCUCUGAAAACCAAAAAAGGCUUCUGUAAAACAAAAACAGACAGCUAGGAAAGUGUGACCAUAUCACUCAUACUUGUUCAUGAUCAUAGAUUCAUACUCGACGGCCAUGGGGUACUGGGGCAUGGCUGCAUCCUUUGUUGACAGGUGCAGGAUCAUAGACCCCGUAAUCAUCUUCACACACCCGUUGUUGAUCUCCAACUGGACGGACAGGUGGUGUAACUGGUAUCGGUAUAUCUGCCGGUGCUAAGAAUAGUGAUCUUGUUGUUGCUGCUGCUGCUGAUGAUGCAGGCUGCGCGGUUAGCAGGAGGGCCACCAGGGCCAUUGCAACUACUUUGAUCACGAGUGAGAAAUGAUAAACUGACUUCUCACUUGAGCUCAUCAUGAUGCUUUAUGUUGCUGAUUUUUCAUUGCUGUGUCUGUGCAUCUUGUGGUUUGCUCAUAUUUAUUUGGGAAUAGAUGCAGGGGGUGGAGAUUGGGAUGGUAGUUGCAGUAUGUAUUACACCAUAAUCAUAUAUUUAUACCUUUGGUCACGUCAGUUGCAUGAUGCAUCUAUGUGCAUGGUUUUUUUGCGUGCACUUCCACGGAAGCAGGGGUUAGCUCAGAAGUAGUAGUAGUUACCUAAGAGGAGCCUGUUUUGUUGGUUUCAUCUAGUGGUGUGUAUGGUCUGAUCCGGAAUCGAAUUGAAUUUUGAAUUAAAAUUAGGAAUGAACAGGAUUGGUAUCUGGUUUGAUGAUUUGGCUUGGGGUGGUCGAUCAACUUGGGUAUGUGGCUUGAUGAAAAAUGGUGCGACAUGCGUGG